AUGACGAUAAAGACCACAAUGGAUAUAAUGUUGGGACCCGACCCUGUUCCAAUCAACAACAACAACAACAACAACAACAACAACAACAACAACAACAACAACAACUUAAAUGUGACAGAUGAUACACCGACGCCGACACCUACACUGACACAAGCCAAAAGAAUCACCAAGACCAUGUUAAUGGAUGAGAAGCUCAACGUGUCAUCGAGCUUGCUUGCAAGGGACGAGAAGUAG